AUGAUGGUGGUGGCCAAGAACUUCUUCUUCUUUGCAAAUCACAGAGCAGAUAAAGGCAGGCGAGUGCUUCAAGGCACCAUGCGGGUUCCAGUAAAGAUGGACUAUGAGCUAGGGGAGCUGACAGAGGAGCGUCUGAGAGAAAUGGGUGCCCGCUGUGUCGGAGAAACCUCAAACAUAGUGUACUAUUACGAUACUGAGAGCUUCCAACUGGCUUCUACACAGACCUGGUUAAACCAGCAUGAGGGCCAGUGGGGGCUGAUCUUGGCACAGAAGCAAAACAUUACAUCAUCUUUAUCAGAAGAGACCAAAAAGUCUCAAUAGCAAGAAACUCAUCCUGAAAAAAGAAAUACAGCUGACAGCGAGAAUCUCACGUCCAAAAGCGAAGUUCAGAGUACAUCCUUAGAUGAUAUAUCAGCAGGAUCUGCAUACACAGAGCUGAAUGACCCAUGCUCCAUUAUGAUGCACAUCACAAAAUGUCUACAGCUUCCUCUGACACGCGCUGAAGUACAAGAAAUGACUAUGAAGAUCUUCUUGAGGAUGGCCAAAAUCCAGAUUUAUGACAGCUGGAUGGGAUCCAGGUCAAUGAAGUAUUCUCUGCCUGGUAGCUUCAUGUUGGCUUUGGAUAGAAAUUACAGAACUCCUACAGUAGCUUCCUCUGUGUUCCUGUCAAUGGACACAGAUGUGCUCAACAUCAGCAGCGAGCUGGAAAGGAUGGACAAGCUGCGUAAAGACUUGGGCCUGAAACCAAAAGCAAGCUUAUACUCUUAA